GGAGUAGGGGAGGGGUAGGGGAGGGACCAAUGGAUCUUCCCGUGCCAGCCCCCUCCGGGUUCCUCCUCCUCCUUCCCCGGAGCGCAGGAAAGAUCUGGAAAGGCAAAUGGCAGUGCGCUCAAGCGUCCCUGCCACCCCGUGGACGACCCCCACGCCCAAGAACCCCAACCACGUUGGGAAAGGCGUCCAAAGGAGGCGGCCAGGCCAGCCUCACAGGGCCGUGCUGAGUCACGCC